AUGCCCUCUUGGCAGGUCACGGAGUUAUGUUGGACUCCAAAGGGAUAUCAUAGGCAGUCAUACAACUUAGCACAGAUUCAGCAAGAUGAAAGUAGAACAUGUGUUGGAGAAUUGGAGUAGCUGUUGCUUCUUCUCCAUCACGAUGAUGAAAUGUCAAAGCGCUGCUCCGGUGCCGCUGACACAAUGGCAUGUUCUUAGCAAACCAAUUGUUACGCAUAUCCUAUUUAGCUAACGACUUGUUACCCGCGAAGUGGAAUGCCCCUUUCUCCUCUUCCGUUAGCUACCUAGUUAAAGAUACUUUACUUGUUGCUGGCCCUAUCAGUUACAGUCAUGCAGGCCAGCUAUAGCUUCCGCCUACUAUUCAUUCUGCCUUGGUAUACAGCCUUCGCCCUAUGCUCCAAGCUCUUGAGCGGCGGCACCAUCGUUGCCUUUGAUAGGGCAUCCGGGCUCUUCAAUGUGAUACGCAAUGGAUCACUGCUAGUUGAGGAAGGUCGCAUUACAUCCGUAUCUGAGAAUCCUUUGCCUGCAGAUAUCCCAGAGGGUGUAGAGGUGGUCGAUUGCACCGAGAAGAUCAUUACGCCUGGUUUCGUGGACACCCACCGGCACGGAUGGCAAACCGUUUACAAAACGCUAGGAUCUAAUACUACACUAGCCGAGUACACUGCACGAUAUAGCGCCUCAGUGGCUUUAUCCCUAUUCACCCCUGACGAUGUAUACAUCAGUCAACUGACAGGAAUCUACGAGGCGCAAGCCGCGGGUGUAACUACCAUCUUGGACCAUGCCCAUCAUACAUGGACAAAGGAGCAUGCUUCUGCAGGAUGGAGGGCUUCGGUUGAUAGUGGUGCUAGGAUAUUCUUCGCGUACACUCUCCAGAACACGAGGACUGACUUCCAAAUACCACAACAAAUGGAACAUUGGAAAGAAUUAGCGGCCUCGUCACCUGCCAAUCUGUCAACACUUAGUUUGUCAUACGACGACUUUACAGACGGUGCGGCGGCUAUCACUCAAUCUGUAGUCAAAUUGGCGAAGGACAGCAAUGUACCAGUCUUCACAUGUCACCAAGUUGAAGGCCCAUGGCUAUCCGGAAACACACCCGAAGAUAUUUACAGCGCCGGACUUCUCAACUCAAGCAUACCCGUCGUGAUUUCGCACGCCGCGUUUCUGACUGCCAGAGGAGCUCAGUUACUGCGGAGUACCAAUCAAUACAUGUCGACGACGCCCGAAUCCGAAAUGCACUACGGUCACGGACACCCCUCUAACCAUCUCGUCCUAGACCAAGCUGCUCUGGGCGUCGACACGCACUUCACCUUCUCCACUGACAUUCUCACGCAGGCGCGAAUCUGGCUACAGAGCGUCCGCGAGCGUCUGUACGGCGAGAUCGUCAUCGACCGCUGGCAGAUCCCCGAUAGUAAUCCGAUGUCCGUGAACCAGGCGUUCCUUCUCGCCACGAGGAACGGCGGCCUGGCGCUCGGCAGGGAGGAUAUCGGGGUCAUAGAAGUCGACGCUGUCGCUGACCUAGUAGUCUGGGACGGUCGGUCGCCGGCAUUACUGGGCUGGACAGACCCGAUCGCAGCCGUGAUACUGCAUGCCAGCGUUGGCGAUAUAGAACAUGUCCUUGUGAACGGGGAGUUCGUGAAGCGCGACAAGAAGCUUGUCGUGGAGGGUUAUGCGCAAGUGCAAGACCGAUUUCUGAGCGCUGCGAGACGCAUCCAAGCUAAGUUGAAAGCGAUACCGUUGCCGCCACAGGUGGGUGAGUUCUCAGCAGGUUCUUCUUAUGGCGCCGUUCAGCAGGUAGAUGUUCUGCGAGGCUCGGGGACAGGGUAUGGGCCUAGCUAUGUUUAACGUGUGGGAUCGUUAAUAAGGAGCAUGGGGUAUCCCCUGGUAAAUUGGGAAUGUCCUGUUGUAAGAGAAGAGUUCUUGUGUCAGUCAGCUUAUCAAGGGUAAUCGUCAGCCAAAAGCGUGAGCACAAGU